AAUGUGUCAACAAUAUAAUUUUCUCAUAUAAACUACAGGUUUUAAAUCAAAUUCAAAAUUACGCCAGUGAUAAAUUAAUGCUAAACCAGACAGUAUCUCAAUGAAAAUGGCUCAAAGCCCUAGAAAAUACGGGCAAACUGGUUCGUUUUCGUUGCCAACUAAACAAACAUCGAUGUGUUCUCUUAUUAUUUGGAAUAUUUCCAAGGCGCUUGAAAAGAAUCCAUGUAUGGAUUUAAGGCAUGCGAUGCGCUCGGCGCACGAGCGUUUCGAUCGUGAGUCGCGUGACGAGAUCGAAAUGAUCUCACAGACACCGGAGGAGCGGCAUCUCACUUGCGCGAUAUUAGCUUGGCAGCAGCUUGGACACAAGGACACUGACAGCCUUUAUCAAUUCAUCGAACAGAAUCGUAAUAAACCCGUUCAACAAACUUCCGAGAAUUUAAAUAACACGAAUAUUGAUUCUGUCAACAACACAAGUGUAUCUUCCAAAUCAAAAGAUUUGUAUCUCGAACAACCAGUGUAUUCUAAAGACAUUGACUCCAAAUAUUUUGACACCAAAUCACUAAUGGGACCCGUGGUUAAACUGCCAAGAGAAACGAAAAUUAUUAUGCGCAUGGAGAGCACACCUUGUUCACACCAUGCUACCAGAAAAACGCCGAAAAAUUCAAAAGACAUAAUUAACAAAAUAGAUGCCGCGUGCUGCAUGGAUUCGGCUUGUGUGCAACGCUUAGCAGAUUUGGACACAGCUGUGUGUGAGCUAAGAAACCGAGCGGCAAAACUCGCUCGUCGUGAAGCUGAAAGGGUUGAACUGCUAGAACGUGCUGAAGCCGCCUGGAAAGACUUGGAACUUGGCUACCAACGUCGUCUUAGAUUAGCGUUAGAGAAAGAAGACGAUACGACUAAACAAAUAAAAAAGACAAUAGAUGAACGCAACGGAUACAAGAACGCAUGCACUGACUUGGCCAAGAAUGUUAAAGACCUUGCACUGGUCGCUGAGGAGGACCGAGAUAAACUAACGUUGGUCGAGAAUGAUUUGUGUGAUCGCGCUUGUGUGCGUCUACGACUGAGUGAAGAGGCAGCGCGAGGUGAUAGUGCACUAGCGGAAGAGCUUUGCAAAGCAGCUCAAAUGGAUCGAGAUCUUCAAUUUAAAGAGGACCAAGUUCGCAGAAAAGUAACAGUUCUAGAAAGCGAAAUACAGUCCGCAAGAUGUUUAACGCACGAAGCAGAAAUAGCACUACGCGCGGAACUGAGUAUGCUUAAGGAACAGAUUACACAAGUUUCAAAUCAGCUUUUGGCUGGCGAGUCUGAGGUUAACCAAAUUAAAUUACAGCUCGAAGAAUUACGUUCAGAGAAAGAAGGCUUAUUGGAAGAUCUGGAUGGUUGCAAGGUAAUGUGCGAUAAUCGCAUGCUGGGGAAAGUUAAUGAGUUGAAGCAGAAGAGAGAGGAACUAAUGCAACUUAAGGAAAAAGUGAUAGAAUGCAGAUGCAAAUUUCCUCUGGAUGAAGCGAUAGAAGUGAAGCGAACUCCUUCUCUUGCUGCCCUUUGUCAAUGCACUUCUGAGGAAAAACAACUAGAUACGUGCUCAUGUACUUCCAUUCGUACCCAACUCUUAUCUAGCUUACUCUCAGAUUUAUUCGGAGGACUCCAGUCUGAAUUAGGUGGAUCUGGAUCAACGAUGCCAUGCCAGUUACUUAAAUGUCUAGAAGAUAAACAUAACUGGGACCGUUCUAGUGUUGUAAAAUCAAACCUGCGAAAUUUCUUUGAGCAAUUACUCGUUGGAGAGCUAGACAUUGCUAUUGCUACGUCUAUUGAAAAAUACCACGCAAAAUGGAUUGGUAGAUCUUGCGCGGAUCGGUCACAAGUAAUGUCUUAUAGCAUGAAUGCAAACGAUUCCUGGCAGGAGCAAAAUAUAGAGCGUAGAGCACAGAAGAUAGCUACGAAACUGGCAGAGCAACUUUUUAACGAGAGAGCUGAUCAAAUUACAAAAAGAGCCAAAGAAAUUAUGACUAAAGGACCACCUCCCUGUGAAUGCCAGCCUCAAUGUAAGCUAUUUCAGUGUCUCGUUAAAAGACCAAAUACCACACAGAUUGCUCGAAAAAACACGGAGAUUCCACCCUCAUACUUUAAACGUACAUUACAAGAUGUCACUCAACUUAAGGUUCAAGUUGAAGAUCUUAGGAAGGAGUCAGUCAAAAAGGAAGAUCUACGGCUGAUGGAAGGGAAAAUAGCAAGAAUAGUCAAACGAGCUUCGAAACAGAAUGGUAUUCCAUUAACAAACAAAAAAAUUAAACGUAGUAAGGACGCCGAUGAAAAAAUUAGUGAAAAUACAAAAACAUCACCUCAAAAUGGCAAAACUUUAGGGCAAAUAGAUCAUUCUGAGAAUAGGGUGUCUUAUAGUAUAAAACAAAAUAUUAAUAAGCCUAAACAAAAUGGAGGUAUAGAGAAUAAAAAGAAAAAACUAUUAAAAAAUAUUGAACAGUCAUUUGCUGUAAAUUUAUGCUUAUGUGGAACACGAGAUAACUCGAUGCAAGAUCCUCCACAGAAGGAUAAAAUUCAACAAAAUAUGUCAAAAAAUAAAAUGGAUACCAUACCUAGUUACCAAAUAUCACAAAUAUCACCAGGAGAAGAUGCAGAUACUCAAGCCAAUCAAUUUCCAACGCAGACUAGUUGUCCAAGUGGAUGUGUUUGUUUUCAUAAAAUUCCGUCUAACACUUCAAUUGAAAAACUUUUGGAAACUUUAUUAAACAGGAAAGGAGAAAAAAAUUACGUAAGUUAUAAAGCGAUGUUGUACAACCAAAGCAAAGAAAAUCAAACAAAUGACAAAAAACUUUCUGAAAAUGUAUGGAAAAAUAUAAAACAAAAUAAGUCUUCCGUACAUUUAACAGUUCAUGGAAUAGACAAAAUAUUGCUAGAGAAUAAUAUUCCACCUACGUAUCCCAAUGAUCUUGUACCGGAAUGUUAUUCUUAUAAAGAUGGUCAUGAUAAGGGUACGGAUUACGAUGUUUUGCCGAAUACAACAGAUUCUGAAUAUAUAGGGGCAGUUAAUUUAGAUAAAAGUAAUGAUAAUUCUUUCAAAUAUACAAACCAUAAUUAUAAUAAACCAAAAUAUGGCGACGGACCAAAUAUAUGUAUGAAAACAUCUGAAGUAAUCAAAUCGGAUCAAACCCAUAAAAUACAAAUUCCAAACAGUUGUAAACUUGAUUUUAAAAAGGAAUCACAAGUUUAUUCUGUCCAGACCGGUUCUAGAUUCAAAAAUGUUGACAAAGAAUUACCAAACAUUAAUACAAAUAAAGAAGUAAAAAAUUUAGAUGAAUGUAGGAAUUCGUAUGUUGGAGAUGUUUUAAAAAAAUCUGAUUUAUUAUCAGACGAUUGCGACUAUUAUGUAAAAUUUUUGGGAGUUACACUUACAAAUGUUUUUAAAACUACUAAAGAAAGUGACGAAAAUAAUACAAUUUCUACUUUUCCUAACCUUAGUAAAGAUAGCCCCAAUACUUUAGAAGUAAAACCAAGAUCUCAAACAUAUCUAAAAAAUCUGACAAAUUCGGAAUUACAAUAUUCACCAAUUAAAAGAGACUCGAAACUCUCAAAUAUAUUAUGUAAUGAUAAAAAUAAAAUCUUAAUAAAUACGCCAGACAUAAUAAAUGACGAUCAAACAAAAUGUGUUUGUUGUAACAAGGAUGAAUAUAAAGACUUAGAGUUAAAUGCUUUUAAUUUACUUGAAGAGCAUUUAAGAGAAAAAUUAGUAGAAUUUCAACGUUCUUCGUAUAAAUCAGAACGUAUUACAGCUGAAGAAGAAAAAGUACUAUUUUCAAAUAUUUUAACUAAAGUUAAGGAAGUAGUUUCAGAAAAUACAAAUCGAUUGAGUUGUAAAUGCAUGGGACUUAACGUCAAUGAAGAAAGUUGGAAAAGAGCUUAUUGUUUGUUACAAGAAUACUUAAAGGUCAAAAUGAAGCGAGCUCAGUGCUCUUGUAUUACUAACGAUAGUAGUAUAGAAAACAGUUUACCUGCUAUUUUGGAUAAGGUUUCUAAUUUGAUUGAUAAUGAUUUUCAGCGUUUAAGAGAUAAAUGCAAAUGUAUAAACGAAAAAAGUAUCGGAAAUGUUUUGUUAAAAAACUCAAAAGAACAGAUGACUGAAUCAAUAUUGCAAUAUAAUGAUACGGUUGCUCAAUUUAAUACUAGUAAAACAAGUAACCAGCAUGCAAAUAAUUUGGAAGAUACGUCUGUUCAGGCAAUAUCUAUUCUUGUUGAUAAUAAAUCGUGUGAGGCGUGUGAGUACAACAAUUUAAAAAAAAAUAAUACAGCAGAGAAAAAAGUUUCUUGUGAAUUUAAAAGAGGCUACAUAAUUGAUUGCAAAUGUCGGUAUACUUUUAGUGAACCAUGUUAUUUAGAUUUAAAUGCGACUGCCAAUGCGAAUCAAUCAAUAACUAAUAAUAUAAAAUUUAAAUGUAAUAAAUUACAGGCACUGGAAAUAAGCAAUAACACGCCGGCUAGUAUUUCAUCAAAUUUAGUAAAAGAACAACUGAAAGUACCUAAGAGAAAAGUUACCAAAAUAGCAGAUCCAAAAUGCACACAACAGUGUAGUGGAAAUAAAUCAAAUUGUUCGUGUGUUCGCCUAGUUGACAUUUGUCAUUGCAAUAAAUCCACAGUGGAAACAAAUUAUGAGAAAGAUGAUCGUAUAUCGGAGUCAUUACAAGAAAAUCCAUCCAACAAUUUAUUUUAUAUCAUGCAUAGAAUACCCACUUCUAUAAGAUCAGAACAUCUUUAUAUAAAUAAAAGCAUCGGUAGUGCUUGUGAGCAGAAAGAUUUAACAAGUUCUUGUGAUGUGGAAACAAUCACUGCUGAUAACGAAGAAGAAAUUAUCUUAAAAUAUUCAAAGGAGACAUGUUGUGUAACAGAUACUUCAAAUAACACUAGCUUAAGCAAUGUCACCAAACAUAAAAAAGAUUCAUCAAAUUGGUAUGAUUGUAAUGCGCGACAAAUUGACGAUAAUGAAUAUGAUGAAACAGAUUAUGUAUUAAAGAAAAAUUCGCUUUACGAUUCGUUGUAUCUUCCCACUGAUCAAAUUUCUCAAUAUAAAAAAUAUAAAGACGAUAAAGAUAGUAACGUAAAGGACCCAGGAAUUUGUAAUUGUAAAGUGGUACCCAUAUGUCAUGUAAAAAUGUUAGUGGAGAGUAUUGAACAAAAACUAGUUCAAUCAAAGUGCAUUUGUGAUUCUUUGAGCUCACGAGUUUGUCCAAUUCAUGCAAAGGAAGAAUUUUAUUUUAAUUAUGCCAAUAUAAAUUCAAAAAUUAUAUAUAUGGACAGUGUCAAAAAUACUGUCAAAAUGGAAGAAAAACCAGGUGAAGUAAAAAAAAGAAAUAAACCAAAUAUAGUAUCGAGACUGUUUAUUUGUUGGAUUUGUCCAGUUCUAUUCAAAGGAAAUAAAAGGGACAUAGAAGAAAAUGACCUAAUAAUUCCUAGCAAGCAAUAUGAUUCCGACAGGCUUGGAGGAAGAUUGGAAAGAUAUUGGCUAGAGGAAUACGAUAGAGCUCUGCGGGAGAAUCGUAAGCCGUCACUUUGGAAAGCAUUCAUAAAGGCGUAUUGGUUAGCAUAUCUUCCUGGAGCAUGUCUUCUUUUGGUCAAUGCCACGGCAAGGACUGUUCAACCUUUACUUUUUUCUGAGCUUCUAUCUUACUGGUCUGCUAAUGCAAGUCAAUCUAUAACAAGACAAGAGGCUGGUUUUUAUGCGAUUGGAAUGUUAGCGCUUAAUUUAGUCGGUGCUUUAAGCCAGCAUCAUAACAGCUUGUUUGUGACUCGAUUUAGCUUAAAAAUGAAAGUAGCGUGCUCAUCACUAAUAUAUAGAAAAAUACUGUGUAUGAACCAAGUGUCUAUUUCGGAAGUAGCAGCUGGAAAAGUGGUGAAUAUACUAUCAAAUGAUGUGGCUCGUUUUGAUAUGCCAUUCAUGUUUCUGCAUUAUUUAUGGUUGGUCCCAGUACAAUUAGCCAUCGUGUUGUACUUUUUGUAUGGAGCCGGUGGAUUUGCGCCGUACGUUGGACUUUUUGGUGUUGUUCUCCUAGUUUUACCUAUACAAGCUGGUCUUACAAAACUCACGGCUAUUAUUAGACGGAAUGUAGCACAAAGAACUGACAAACGAAUUAAGUUAAUGAGUGAAAUUAUAAAUGGAAUUCAGGUUAUAAAAAUGUAUGCCUGGGAGAAGUCGUUUCAGCAUGUGGUAAAAGUGGCACGAGCAUUUGAGGUCGCCGCGCUUAAGAAGUCAAUAUUCGUUCGCAGCGUCUUUUUAGGAUUCAUGAUGUUUGCAGAGCGUAGUACUCUGUUCCUUACGGCGUUGACUUUCAUUCUUUCGGGCAAUUUACUAAGAGCUGAUACGAUAUAUCCUAUCAAAGUAUUUCUUGGGAUAGUGCAGAUGAAUUUAACUUUUAUUUUACCACUUGCAAUUGCAAGUCUGUCAGAACUAAAAGUCUCUUUAGGGCGAAUACAGAAUGUAUUAAUAAAGGAUGAAAGAGAAGAUUUAUCAAUGUUAAAGAAACACACAGCAUCUAUUGUCCCAGUCGACUUUAACGGAAAAAUGACGACCAUCGAUUCAAACUCAAUAGUAGUACGAAAAUAUUCCUCAAAAGAAAAUUACAGACCUUCUAUUGUUAGUCCACGCACUUCAGUAGUAGGUGAAACCCUAGUUGAACUGUCUGGUGUGAGUGCUUCAUGGAAUGCGUCUAAAAGUCCCGAAGAUGUGACACUCAAGAACAUAACUAUGCACUUAAGGAAGGGAAAGCUAUGUGCUAUUAUAGGAGCUGUUGGAUCGGGAAAGUCGUCAUUACUGCAAGUGCUUCUUCGUGAACUGCCAGUGAACAGUGGUAAUUUGACUAUUAAAGGAAGCAUGUCGUAUGCUUGUCAAGAGUCGUGGUUAUUCCCAGCAACAGUGAGGGAAAAUAUUUUAUUUGGAUUGCCAUACGAUGUAAACAGGUACAAUGAGGUUUGUCGAGUAUGUUCCCUUUUGCCGGAUUUCAAGCAGUUUCCAUACGGUGAUCUGUCAUUGGUGGGCGAACGAGGUGUGUCUUUGUCGGGAGGACAGAGGGCUAGAAUUAAUUUAGCGAGAGCUGUUUACAGAGAGGCUGACAUAUAUUUACUAGACGAUCCGUUAUCAGCUGUUGAUGCUAAAGUCGGUCGACAGCUGUUCGAAGGAUGUAUACAGAAAUACUUGAGUGGACGGACACGCAUUUUAGUGACGCAUCAAGUACAUUUCCUCAAGGCCGCAGAUUUUAUUAUUGUUUUAAAUGAGGGCUCAAUCAAAAACAUGGGUUCGUACGAUGAUUUGGUCAAAUCUGAAAUAGAGUUUUCUACUUUGGUAUCAGACGAUAAGGAGAAUAAAGUUGAAGCGGACAUUCAAGAGGAUGAACGCAGACCAGUGCUUCAACGUGGAAUGUCACGAAUGUCAGUUAGAAGUGAUGAUAAAGACACUCGGGAAGAAAAGGAACAAGUCUUGGUUGCAGAAGAAAGGGCAAAAGGAAAUCUUAAAUGGGCAGUUAUUCAGAAUUAUCUGUCAUCAGUUAAGUCUUGGCUUAUCGUGUUCAUGGCGGUUUUCUCAUUGCUGUUAACUCAGGCUGGAGCGACUUUCUCAGAUUACUGGCUAAGUUAUUGGACAAAUCAAGUGGAUGAGUACGAGCAAUCAUUGCCGCCUGGGGAGGAGCCUGACACCAGUCUUGGCACGCAAGUAGGGCCAUUGACGACUGGUCUAUAUCUCUGGAUCUACGGUGGAGCUGUAUUAUUUAUAAUUAUUAUGACACACGUAAGAAUAACAGCUUUCGUGGUCAUGGCAAUGCGCGCUUCUCAAAACUUACAUGACACGAUGUUUAAGAAUUUACUCACGGCCGUGAUGAGGUUCUUUGAUACGAAUCCAUCAGGUCGAGUUCUUAAUCGAUUUUCCAAGGACAUGGGCGCUAUGGAUGAAAUGCUUCCCCGUAGCAUGCUCGAGACGAUUCAGAUGUACCUGUUUGUUACGAGCGUGCUAGUACUGAACGCAUUGGCGCUGCCUUGGACAUUAAUACCGACAGCAGUACUGCUGUUCAUAUUCGUUAUACUCUUGAAAUGGUACUUAAAUGCAGCCCAGGCUGUUAAGAGGCUGGAGAGUACUACUAAGAGUCCCGUUUUUAGUAUGAUAAACUCAACAAUGUCUGGCUUAUCAACUGUUAGAAGUUCCAAUUCUCAAUACAGGCUGCUUAAAAUGUUCGACGACGCUCAGGAUCUCAAUUCGAGCGCCUUAUAUACAUUCUUGGGUGGUUCAAGUGCUUUUGGGCUAUUCCUGGACUUGUUAUGUCUCGUGUACCUUGGAGUUAUACUUGCAGUAUUUAUUUUAAUAGAUUUUGGUUCUUGGAUAGCUGUGGGCAGCGUGGGUUUAGCUGUGAGCCAGUCCAUGACUCUAACCAUGAUGCUACAAAUGUCGGCGCGUGUCACCGCCGAUCUCCUCGGGCACAUGACUUCUGUGGAACGAGUUCUGGAGUACUCCAAGCUACCUGCCGAGGAAAAUAUGGAAGAUGGACCGACUCAAGCACCACCGAAUUGGCCUUCAGAUGGACAAAUUCAAUUCGAAAACGUCAGUUUGAAAUAUGGAGCCGAAGACCCACCGGUUCUUAAAGAUUUGAAUUUUACAAUAAAUAGUGGAUGGAAGGUUGGUAUCGUCGGAAGGACGGGUGCCGGUAAGUCGUCGCUGAUGGCUGCCUUGUUCAGACUCUCAAAUAUCGAGGGCAGUAUUAAGAUCGAUGGUAUCGAUACCUGUGGAAUCUCUAAAAAGGAUUUAAGAUCGAAAAUAUCAGUUAUACCACAAGAGCCGGUUCUAUUCUCUGCUACGUUGCGAUACAAUCUGGAUCCGUUCAAUCUCUACAGCGACGAUGAAAUUUGGAAAGCAUUAGAACAAGUGGAACUAAAGGACGCCGUGCAAGCACUUGACUUCCACGUGACAGAGGGUGGGACCAAUUUUUCCGUUGGACAGCGUCAGCUUGUGUGUCUCGCACGCGCUGUGCUACGCAAUAACAAGAUACUCGUCAUGGAUGAGGCCACGGCAAAUGUUGAUCCUCAAACGGAUGUCUUAAUCCAAAAGACUAUACGAAGACAGUUCGCGUCGUGCACGGUGCUCACGAUCGCGCAUCGUCUGCACACCGUCAUGGACUCUGACCGCGUCCUCGUGAUGGACAAAGGUCGCGUCGCAGAGUUUGAUCACCCAUACAUCCUACUCUCAAACCCCAACAGCUUGCUCAACUAUAUGGUUAAAGAGACUGGGGAGGGUAUGAGUAAUGUUCUCUACGAAACAGCCAAGGCGAAAUACCAAACAGAAGUCUCGUGAUUAAAUAAAUACUUAAUUAAAUAC